AUGCCUGGCCCCUUCCCACACGGCUCCAACAUCCUGGUGAACAUGCCCUGGUCCCAGAGGCCCCCAGGUCUGGUCCCUCUCAUGGUGCCUCCUUUCCCCCCCAUCCCCCUGUACUGCCCUGCCCCUGAGCAAGACACCCCUCUGGAGCUCAGAGUGAUGGCCCCUCCCUCGGCCCCGAGCCCUCCGCCCGACGUGGACGACUGA